CUCGCCCGGAGUUCGAGUGUCAUCUACAAUCCGAAGAACUACUUUCGAGCACUCCGUCCGCAGCGCAACGUGUACUCAAACCCGCAAAAAAUCAUUUUCGUGGACCUCUUCACCGACGAAUACCAUGCCCCCGGGCCAUCAGACGCCUGAAUAAAGUUCAUCGUGUGACCUAGUGUUAAAAUUCCUGUGAUUUUGUGGACUUUUUACUGUGCAAAUUUUGAUUAUUAACAAUGCCUUGUUCGGCAGUUACUUUAAGUUUGGCGACUAUUACCUCCAUCAUAGCUGUCGCUCUUCUUGCUAUUGCGUUUACUACGGAUAAUUGGUUGUAUAUCGAAGUAAAGAGGACAGCAAUUCAGAAUUAUCUAAGUAAACAUUCAGAUCCACAAAGCCAGGCGUUGUUAGAAAAUGUGAAUUCAAAAUAUUACUACUACACGAGAACAAAAGGAUUAUUCAGGAUAUGUUACCCAAAAGAAAGGCCGCCUACUGUAAAGACAUACUUGAGUCCUUUGGAAACGCAUUGUAACAAUGUAAAUUACUACAUUCCCGAUGAAAAUAACGAUACCAAGGACUUCACUGACGAUGCUUGGACAAGAUUACAUAUGGGACGAUCCAUGAUAGCUCUCUUUAUCAUAUCGUUCAUAGCUGUCUUUGCUGCCUUCUGCACCGGGGUCACUGGAUGUUGGAAGAGGUCUCCAGGAAAUAUUACAGCCACUGCAAUACUUAUGCUGCUAGCAUGUUUGUUGAGUGCUGGUGCUAUGGGUCUAUGGCACGGAGUGGAAUAUUACGAAAAAGAAAAACAAGUAGGUGAAGAAUUUUACCAACAGUGGAAUACUAUACUCCAAGAAAACACAGACGUGACGUACGAAUGGAGUUUCAUCCUGAGCUGGCUCGGAGUCUUCAGCUCCUUGGGCGCGUCGCUGCUCUUCUUCUUCGCGUCGUGCUGCAUGGGUAACGAGAAAGAGAAAGAAGACCUCAACAAUAUUCAGUACCUGAUGCCAGUGUACCCACAGAAACAGCAAUACGCAUACGGAGGCUACCCUGUUCCUCAACCCUACGCAGGACCGUACUACACCACCGGCUCAGCGUACGGACCCUACAACUACUGACACACUCGAAAAAAAUCGCUAGAAAACAAACGAACAACUUGAAGAGACUGAUGUCUUCGAAUUACCUGUUUUGUACUUAAAUACACAAUUUAAAUACAAAAUAUUUUUGAUAUUUACGAUCAUAUUGUUACAACGAAACUUUUGCGAAUGGUCGAUAGUAAAUAUAGUCCUUGUUGCAACCAAUGUAAGAAAUUCUAAACGUUCAUUACUAUAUUCAGGUUGAAUUUUUGUCUCAGGUUAACGCAAUAUAGGUAAAAUUACUAUUUAUUUGCAAAAUUUUCUGGUAUAGCUGCCAUCAAAUUAUUGCGGAAACCUUACCUUAAGCUUAUUGCAAAGUCAUUUGUAUUUGAAUGGUGUAGUUAAGUUAGUACAGGUAGAAAGUAAUAAAUGAUAAUAUAUUGUACGUUUAAUUAUUAUACCUGCUAUUUAGUAUGUUUACCUCUCAAAACUUAACGAUACCACUCAAAUACAAAUGACUUUGUAAUAAGCUUAAGAAAAGGUUUUCUGCAAUAAUUUUUUGGUAACCAUACAGUAAAAUGCUCAGGGUAAAUGUUAUUUUACCGUCUAGUGUAAUUCUUUUAAUACGAUCUAUUAAGUGUUUUUGUUAAUAGUUAAUUAUGUAGACAAUACAACAGUAGAUACUGGCUAAUAUUCGGAGGGAUUUCAGUACUGCCAAUAUUUUUAUUGAUUUAUUUAAUGUAAUUCACUGUAUAUCUACUUAAACGAGAGAAAUGUCAAACUACGAUCUUUAUCCGAAUAGAUCAUCAUCAAAUAUUUGCUUGUCCAAGGCUGGACAUAGAUCUCCCUCAUAAUUCUCCAUCUGUUUCGAUCUUGUGCCUCUUGGCACAGUUGGCAAAGUUUUAGAUCAUCAGUUCAACGUGUUGGUGGACGGCCUUUGCUUCGGUAGGCAUCAUAUCUCUUUGGUCUCCAUUGCAGUAUCCGCUUUGUCCAUCUGUUAUCUAUCAUUCGAGCCACGUGACCUGCCCAGUCCCAUUUCAGUGUUGCUAUUCUCUCUACAGCAUCGGCAACUCCCGAUCUUCGUCACAGCUAGAGGUUUGGGAUCUUGUCUCGCAGUAAAACGCACAACAUAACAAGCCAAUUGAGCCACACGGAUCUUUUGCACUGUUCUCCCUUUCAUGGUCAAUGUUUCCGCUUCGUAAGUAAACAUUGGCAAAACACACUGAUUAAAGGUUUUUCUUUUAACGACAUAUUAGUAUGUCGGACGAUUUCAAAAUGAGGUUCAACUUGCCGAAGGCUGCCCAAGUCAGUUUUAUAUGAGGGUUGAAGCUCAACGGUUUGGUUAUCUUUUCUUAUGCGAAUCUCGUGACCUAGGUAUUUCUAGUGUAUUACCUGGUCUAUAAAAAUACAGUUUCCUCCACUAAUUUUAUACAUUGGAUAAAUGAUAUAUGAACAUUUAUCUACUCGAAAAAUUCUGAAUAUUAGCAAUGUGUCUAGAUAUUUGAUUAUUUUAUUUUUUCAAAAUAAAAUAAGCUAAUGACAGUGAUGUUGUCCAGCCAAUAUAAAAUUAGAAUCAUUAUGAGUACUUAUUUUGUCUUUCUUCUAAAUACAUUAGUUCAGAAUCACUCACAACUUGCUACAAAGCAGUAAAGAUUUGCUGUAAUGUGAUAUGUAAUGUGUUUUUGUUUAUUUUGAAAAAAUAUUUUUUAAUGUUAAAUUGAUGCCAUCAUAUUCGAUAUCACCUUUAAAACCCAGUAAUUCAAGUUUUUAGUGAAUUUAUAAGAUCCCAGUUAAUGUGUUUUUGUUUAUUUUGAAAAAAUAAUUUUUAAUGUUAUAUUGAUACUAUCAUUUUCGAUAUCACCUUUAAAACCCAGUAAUUCAAGUUUUUAGUGAAUUUAUAAGAUCCCAGUUAAUGUGUUUUUGUUUAUUUUGAAAAAAUAAUUUUUAAUGUUAUAUUGAUGCCAUCAUAUUCGAUAUCACCUUUAAAACCCAGUAAUUCAAGUUUUUGGUGCAUUUAUAACAUCCCAGUGUCUCCUUUCGAUAUCACCUUUGAAACCCAGUAAUUCAAGUUUUUGGUGCAUUUAUAAGAUCCCAGUUAAUGUGUUUUUUUUUUAUUUUGAAAAAAUAAUUUUUAAUGUUAUAUUGAUGCCAUCAUAUUCGAUAUCACCUUUAAAACCCAGUAAUUCAAGUUUUUGGUGCAUUUAUAAGAUCCCAGUGUCUGUUAGGGCUGGAUUUCGCGUACCAAAAAAAAGUUUAUUAAUAGCAAGCUGAAAAUUUUUGAAGUUAUACUUCUUUACGAUCGAGAGUGAAAUUUUAUAAUGCCGGGGGCAUGCGCACACAGACAUUAUGUAGUUCGUUGCUAAUCUUUCAAAUUAUGUAUGUAUCAGCGCAAAUAAGUCAUUAAAAGGAUAUAUUAGUGUUUUUAGUAAAUGUAUUAUUUAUUAUAAUUUUUGUGUCUUUGGAUUUGUCUUCCUCGGGAAUAAGAUGUUUUAUAAUAAUAAUAAGUAUAUUUAAAGUAUUUUUGUAUACUUCACUUGGUCUAUUAAAUUUGUCAGUAUGUAUGAGAAAUCUUGUAACCUGUCAAAGCAAAGGGAAUAUAGCUCAGUGGUAGAGCAUAAAAAGAAAACAGCAAACUUUAUAUAGUAUAUAAAAAAAUGUUUGUCCGACAAGUAUGUUGGGCAUUUUAAUAAGUCCGACACGUAGAACAUGUCAAAUGACAGGAAUUAUGUUGGUGGUAAAUAGCAGUCUGAUUUUUGUAUGAGACUUUAAUGAAAGGGUAACAAAUCAACUGGAAGUUCUGUCCGACAAAAUACAUGGGACGGUUUCGUUCCACAAUUUUCGUAAUCUGUUCCACAAUUAAAACUUCCCCUGUUACAGUGUUUCCGUACAUCAAAGUUUGUCCGACUAGACGGGGUUAAGUUAUUAACAAAUUUUGAGCUUGCUAUUAAUCAACCUUUUUUGGUACGCGGAAUUCAGGCCUAUAUUCCAUACAUUUAACUUACUAAAACAUACAAAAUAUAAAAAUAAUUCUUCAAUAAUUCCAGUACAUGUCUAAAAAAUUGUUUUACUACAAACAUCACCAAUGGUUUAAUUGAUCUAACCAAGUGGUUUUUAUUUUAAGUGCAAUUUAAAGAAAAUUCUUAUUUUCAACAAUCAGAAGUACAGGUUCAGAAUAUACUUUCAAACCAACGUUACUUUUACUAUUCUACUUCUUCGUAUGUUUUAAAUAUAUCUUGUCUUUGCCUUAGCCAUUUACACCUUUUUGGACCAUACUGUACUGUACACCUUAUUGGACUAUAUUGUCCAAUAACAGUGAAGCAUACUUAUAGUUCAAACUCAAGGACUCUUAGUGUGACAGACUGUAAUAUUGUGACGAAUAAGGCACAUGCGCUAUAUUUCUGCGCAGAUGUACAGCGCAAGUACAUCCAGCAAGGUAGUGACAGCUGGCAGUAGCCUGUUCAAGGUAAUACUUCUGAGCUUAUCUGUAACGUUAAGCUACUCUCUACCUAAAUAGAGAGAUGAUACUGCUUCUCUGAGAUUUUCCAUAGAAAUUGAUUAACAGAUGGUGUAUUACAUAAUUUUAUUAUAAGUUUUAUUUUAAACACCAAACUGAUAUGUUGUGACUAUGUAACUCAAAUUUUUAUGUGCGUUAAGGCCUUAAGCAAGCAAAAUAUACGAUAACGUUAUUGAAGUAAAUUUUUACGAACCUGGUAACGUAAAUUAUUAUAAUUAUUAUUAAUAUGUAAACAUUUUGUAUAUAUAUUUUACUAGAAUUAAGUAUAGGUAAUCUACAACCUUAAGAUAUUGUAUAAAAGUGACUGUACUCUGUCGUGAAGUAGGUAUAUACAACGAACAAUUCUAUACAAUGAUUAACAAUAGUUAUUUAUAUAUUUUUUAUAUGUCUUUAUAAAAUAUUUUUAACAAUUUAGGUAAUAAUAAAUAAAAUAAUGUUUUGAUAA